GUAGUUUAUUAAGAAGCACUCGUUGCCCACAUCAAACAAGUAUGCAGCAGCUUUUAUGCACAGCAUCACUGCUGGCAGCCAUUGUUCCACUCUCUUUGGCAGGACAGUGCACCUACUCGGAUUCGAGCGCCGGCUUGGCUGAUGAUAAACAAACCGCAUCGCUAAAGGUCAUAAACGACCUUCGUGAAAAGUUAGCCAAAGGGGAACAGCAGAAUGGAAUGAAAGAUGAUGAUUCUACCCCUGGAGACCCUCUACCAGCAGCGAAGCAGAUCGAUCCCUUGACAUGGAGCUGUAAUUUGGAGGAAGAAGCAAGAGACGCAGUGAGUACAUGCCCAUAUGAUGACCCUCCAGCAACUGGAAAGUUCGGAUUUUUCAGCUACACUUAUGAUAGUGGACCCGACGACCACUUAGAUGGCAUACUAAAUAUAUGGCUUAGCUCUAUAAACUAUAAUGCGAUCAGCACUUCCGCUAUUAGAGAAGAAGAUGUCAAAUUCGACGGCAAUGAUGAAUUGAAAACUUACGCAAAUUUUAUGCGCGAAGAUAUAAACGAGAUUGGAUGUAUUGAGACGCUAUGCAAUAUUUUCGGUCAUACAGUAAACCGCACCGUGAUUUACUGUUUCACCAACCAAGAUAGUUUGGCGACUGAUGGUACCAUUUACCACUUACGUGGCACGACAACAACAACAACUACUACUACGAUAACCACGACAACUACGACGACGACGACUGCAGCACCAACGAAAACUACAACGACGACUGCAGCACCAACGACAACUACUACAACAACAGCGGCGACUACAACCACGCCAGCAACAACGACAACCACAAAGUCAGCGACUACGUGCACGGGGUUGGCAACGAAAACAGCCGGGACCACCUCUUGUAUUCCAAGGCGCAAAACCACCUGUGCGCCACCCGCACCGCAGUCGCCGGCUGAGUUUCCUCCAGCCUCUGCAGGACCAAACGACAGAUGUCCAAAAAAUACCGGAAUGGACGAUACUCUCAGAACCAAAUUCUUAGAUAUGCACAAUUAUCGUAGAGCGGAACUUGCGAAAGGAAACGUUGCUAAACGGAACGGGAAUUAUUUACCUCAAUCAUCUGACAUGCAAAGAAUGAGAUACAACUGUGCGCUGGAGAAGGUAGUGAUUGACUAUGUAAGUACCUGCCCUUUAUCCAAAUCAGCUGAAUUCACGCGACCUGAUGUGGGAGAAAAUUUUAUUCGCGUGCCUCAGGAGGGAUUGGCAACGUACUUGCUUGCCGUUGAAAAGGCGGUAACUUCAUGGUGGAAGGUGAUACGCACUGAAGAGGGUCCUGGUUUGCAAGUUUAUUUUCGACAGAAGCAUGUCGGCACUCCGAUCGAGUCUUUUACACAGAUGGGGUGGUCCACGUCUCGCAAGCUUGGUUGUGCCAUCGCAAAAUGCGGUAGCGAUUAUGUCGCGGUCUGCAGAUAUUCUCCUAGAGGUAAUUAUGUGGAGCAGGUUAUCUACAGAAAAGGAACUCCCUGCACAGCUUGUGCAGCUGGUUCCUGGUGUACGGAAGAUGCACUGUGCACUCUCGAAUGAAAGGUGUUUGCACUUCUAUGCAAGCCUUUUCUUGCUUGUGUAUUCCACACAACAUCCACUUUUCUUUUAUUUAUUCAUUCAAUAAACCUGCGUU